AUGGGGUUCACAGAGCAAGCUCUGAAAAAAUCGCAAUACCCUCUCAUUGGCUUCGGAGGCAAGAGAAUCGAGGCCCUCGGCAAGAUAGAGCUCAAUGUCACAUUCGGCGAAGGGGUCAAGCAAAGAACCGAAGCAAUAACCUUUGAUGUAGUGGACAUCAACUAUCCAUACAAUGCCAUCUUCGGCCACAACAUCCUGGUGAAGUUUGCAGCUGUAAUCCAUCAGCCGUAUCUAUGCAUGAAGAUACCUUCGGCAGGGGGAGUCGUGACCGUCUACGGCAAUCAAGAAGAAGCGCGCAGGUGCGAAGAUAACGCGUAUAGCACCAACAAAACUGUGCAUACCAUUGAGGCUACCGGAGAGGACACAAGAACAUUUGUUGCCGAAGACAUGCGAAGAGACCAUAAAAACGAAGGGGUCUCACCAGCAGAACAUACAAAGAAGGUACCAUUAUGCGAAGAUGUGCCUGAUCGUCUGGUGAUCAUCGGCAAGGAGCUCGAGGAGCAUGAACAGAUUUUCAUGAAUAAGGGGGACGAAGAGAAAACUAGUUUCACCACUCCCUUCGGGACAUACUGUUACAAUAGGAUGCCAGAAGGCCUCCGCAACGCAGGCUGUACAUUUAACAGAAUGAUCAAGAAGGUGCUCGGCGAACAGCUAUACAGAAACAUCUCCGCAUAUGUGGAUGACGUGGUCGUUCGAAGCAAGAAAAAAGAAGAUCACAUACAAGAUCUUCAUGAAACAUUUGCAAACCUUCGCCGGCACGGGCUAAAGCUAAACCCUGAAAAAUGUGUCUUCGGUGUUCGAAGAGGCAAGCUGUUGGGUUGUAUGAUCACAGAAAGGGGUAUAGGGGCGAACCCUGAGAAGAUCGAGGCAAUCAGCCGGAUGAAGCCGCCAACCACAAAGAAAGGAGUUCAAAAAUUGAUAGGUCGAUUGGCUUCGCUGAACAGAUUCAUCUCCAGGUUGGCAGAAAAGUCUUUCCCAUUCUUCAAAGCACUGAAAGGAGCUGCCAACAUGUAA